ACAAACAAACACACACACCAAUACCAAAGUUUUAGAUAAGGUGUUCGUAAUCAUUGAAACCUGUGUUUGGAUUUUGCAUCAAACAGAAAUCUAACCAAACACGAUCUUGAGGUGUGUCACGGUUCGACCAACCGCAUUGAGAAGAGGCAUGUUGUUAGUUGAGGACCACGCACGAUGAGUGAAAUAAAAAGAAAGUCCGAAUCUUUUGGGUUCGUUGAUUAGUUUGUGACGUCAUCACGCACAUGCUCAUUCUAAUCUUUAAAUGCUUAAAGGAUCUUCUUCAUUGUACUUUGAAGUUAGUCAACAUAGCAACAACAAUCAAUGGCUAAAACCAGAGGGUCUUGUUGUCUCGUCAACGCUCUCAUCGCUAUCGCUUUUUUGGCGACAGCCCAUUUGUGUGAAGCUGGCUUGUCUCAGAAAGAACAGGACAAGGUCUCGAAAUUGCCUGGUCAGAAUUUCAAUGUUAGUUUUGCUCACUACUCUGGGUUUGUUACUACUAAUGAGAAAUUGGGAAGAGCUCUCUUUUACUGGCUCUUUGAAGCCGUCGAAGAUGCUAAGUCUAAGCCUCUUGUUCUCUGGCUCAAUGGAGGACCAGGAUGUUCAUCUGUUGCAUUUGGUGAAGCAGAAGAGAUAGGGCCAUUUCACAUUAAGGCAGAUGGGAAGACUCUUUACCUUAAUCAAUAUUCUUGGAACCAAGCUGCAAAUAUUUUGUUCCUUGAUGCACCUGUUGGAGUUGGUUAUUCUUACUCAAACACCUCUUCUGAUUUGAAGACCAAUGGUGAUAAAAGAACUGCCGAAGACUCACUGAAAUUUCUGCUGAAAUGGGUUGAGCGGUUUCCGGAGUACAAAGGAAGGGACUUUUAUAUAGUAGGGGAGAGCUAUGCAGGACAUUACAUUCCUCAGCUGAGUGAAGCCAUUGUAAAACAUAACCAAGGUUCUGACAAAAAUAGUAUUAAUCUGAAGGGUUACAUGGUAGGAAAUGGGCUGAUGGACGAUUUCCAUGACAGGCUUGGUCUUUUCCAAUAUAUUUGGUCGUUGGGUUUUAUCUCUGACCAAACAUACAGCUUACUGCAACUCCAAUGUGGUUUUGAAUCGUUUAUUCACUCCUCCAAACCGUGUAAUAAGAUUUUGGAGAUAGCGGACAAAGAAAUCGGUAACAUAGACCAAUAUAGUGUCUUCACCCCAGCCUGUGUUGCAAAUGCUUCCCAGUCAAAUAUGUUGCUAAAGAAAAGACCAAUGACUAGCCGCGUGAGCGAACAGUAUGAUCCUUGUACGGAGAAACACACUACAGUUUAUUUUAAUCUUCCAGAGGUUCAAAAAGCCCUCCACGUCCCAGCAGGACUUGCACCAUCCAAAUGGGAUACUUGCAGUGAUGUCGUGAAUGAACACUGGAAUGACUCUCCUUCCUCGGUUCUAAACAUUUACCACGAGCUUAUAGCUGCUGGGCUUCGUAUCUGGGUUUUCAGUGGGGACGCAGAUGCUGUUGUACCAGUCACAUCAACCCGGUACAGUAUCGAUGCACUAAACCUUCGUCCUUUGAGUGUCUAUGGUCCUUGGUACUUAGAUGGACAGGUGGGAGGCUGGAGUCAGCAGUAUGCUGGUCUGAACUUUGUGACGGUGAGAGGUGCAGGCCAUGAAGUUCCUUUGCACAGACCAAAGCAAGCUUUUGCACUCUUCAAGGCAUUUAUAUCUGGAACUCCAUUGUCCACACCUGAGAAAAACAUCAGCCGCGACAUGUCUGAACUCGUUAGUGACUCAUAAUGAGUUCUGAUUUGAUGUAAUAUGUAAUUUGGAUUCUCAAUCAAAAACUUUCCACAGAGGGCACUGUAAGAAGAAGAGAGAAAGAGAAUAAUAAAUCUGUGUUUAAAGUGAAUCGUGCGCUGCUUCUUCUUCUUCUUCUGGUUGUUUCUUUGUUUGGUGAAACAUUUGAUGUUUGGAAUCUAAUUAAAUAAGUUUCUACCA